CUUCGCUUGCUCCAACUUCAGGUAUGGAUCAGGGCCGGGACUUCGAGAAUCGUGGCUUAAGUGCAUUUUCCUCGUACUUGGCGACACAGCCCGCACUGCAUAAGGAUGAUGCACAGACUGUCGUCUAGGAUCUCCUUAUUGAAUACCGUUCGCCAAAGCAGAGCUGAUAUACGCUCGAGCCACGAGCGUCUUCGGCAUGCUGAUUGCUCGCGGAAAUUCGCAAAGCGAGCGAAGGCUCAGCUGCGGAGCAAGAUGGAUGGCUGCCGUCCACGGCGUCAGGCGCCAUGCGGCACAUUGUGUCGAAUUUUGCAGCCCGUGAGGCUGCUUGUGACGCGCCCAAGCCAACUUCCCUGGUUCACAGGGAUUCGUUCCCGCACAAUGUCCGCGCACGAAGGUGCAGAGAACCAAAGGCAGGUGGUGACGGGGACAAGGAAGGUUGUAACGAGGCGGUCUGAGUCGACUGGGAGAGCUGCACCACUGCCAUGGUUGCGCUUGAUUACUAUGUCAAAACAAAGGACCCAUUGUUUGGAAAAGGAGGAAUGGGUAGCUGUCAAAGACCCAGCCCUUAGCUUGCGCUUACACCAGGGUUAUGCAUCGAAUCUUCGUCAGUUCCGCGAAAAGAAGUGUACCUACCCCAUACACACAUGCAACCUCCAUGCAUGUGCUCCAUCUUUCCACUUUUGCACCCAAGCCCCAGUACACUGUGUAAGAAGAUGCGCAGGCAACUCUGGCGAUGCGGAAGAAGGCGCAGAGCGCAAAGAUUACAGGGCGCGAAAAGUACUACGAAUAGUUGGUAAGGCGAUGUUACAUGCAUGAGCAAUCGGAAUUCUCCAGCAGCGCUGGAUCGGAUGCCCUUCGACUGUUGGCGAUAAAGUCGUCAAAAGCUACGGUGCACAUUCAAUAGUCCUUCCUCAGACGGUCUGCAGGUCCUGACGCAUUUCUCUGACGAUUUCGGGCUGUCGCAUCAGUCCCCGUCUAGGUUCUGCCGGGGAGCGGCGCUUUUUCUGACGAGCUGUGGCUCCCAACUGAACCUGUUUCAG